CUGAAAUAUCCAGCUCCAGUACCUGUUAGAGCGCUGGAUGGCCGGGUGAUCAGAUUAGAGGUGUCAGGGUUCGUUAAUCUGUGAGGGAGCGACGAACUGCCACUCACGCUGCUCCUGCUGCACACCGCUCCCAGUCAUCGGCGGCGGGGGGAGCGGAGCACAUUUGGUGUUGACGCGCGUCGGGGAAUUUCCCCCCCUCUUCUCUUUUUUUUCCUUUUACAAUGGAUACCUGCAGGGUACGAGCCUGGGUGUUUCUGGUCCUAUUAUGGCAGGACGGGUCUCUGGCAUCGCAAUUCCCGACACAGCUCAUGAUUAAAGAAUGGGUUGAUCAGAUGCAGAAAGAGCUCGUCACCUUGGCAGACACGGCCACGGCUGGGAAAAACCUUACUCAGAUUUUUCUGAGAAACCAACACCUCUACACUGUGGAGCAAAACGACGCAGAGGAGCUGGUGGCCAGAGCAGCCAGGAACAUUGAACAGCUGCUGCGGAAGAGGUCUGCUGCCUUGAAGAAACUGGCCACAGCUGCGGAAGAAUUCCAGAUGGAGCAUCAGUGGAAAGACGAGUUUGAGGAUGAUGAAAUCGCCUACUACAACGCAAAGGACAAUCUGGAAGCAAAUGAGACAGAGGGAAGAAAAUACAGGAUUCGACCAGACUUUAAAGAGGACCCAUCAUUUAAGCGUUUGACUGAUCACAACCACACGGCUGUCCACAUCCCCACCGACAUCUAUGAUGGCUCCACCAUUGUGCUGAAUGAGCUGAACUGGACGGAGGCACUGGAGGAAGUGUUUAAAAAGAACAGAGAGGAUGACCCAACCCUUCUCUGGCAGGUGUUUGGUAGCGCUACAGGCCUGGCUCGCUACUACCCAGCUUCACCCUGGAUGGAUGCUCGUAAAACUCCCAGUAAAAUAGACCUGUAUGACGUCCGCAGGAGGCCAUGGUACAUCCAAGGAGCUGCCUCACCCAAAGAUAUGCUAAUCCUCGUAGACGCGAGCGGGAGCGUGUCUGGCUUGACUCUCAAACUGAUCAGGACCUCCGUCAGCGAAAUGUUGGAGACUCUGUCUGAUGACGACUACGUCAAUGUAGUUUACUUUAACACCAGGGUGAAGAAGACGGCGUGUUUCGACCAUCUGGUUCAAGCCAAUGUGAGGAACAAGAAAGUGUUAAAGGAUGCUGUACAGAACAUCACUGCUAAAGGAAUUACAAACUACACAAAAGGCUUUGAGUUUGCUUUUGAGCAGCUCUCUGCGACCAAUGUUAGCAGAGCAAACUGCAACAAGAUCAUCAUGCUGUUUACUGAUGGAGGAGAGGAAAGAGCUCAGGCCAUUUUGGACAAAUACAAUGCUGACAAAAAGGUGAGGAUCUUCACAUUCUCAGUAGGACAACACAACUACGACAAAGGACCAAUUCAGUGGAUGGCCUGUUCCAAUAAAGGCUACUUCUAUGAGAUUCCUUCCAUUGGAGCCAUCAGAAUAAACACGCAGGAGUACCUGGAUGUCCUUGGGAGACCCAUGGUUCUGGCAGGCAAGAAGGCCAAGCAUGUCCAAUGGACUAAUGUGUACCUUGAUGCUCUGGAGCUGGGUCUGGUCAUUACUGGAACACUCCCUGUCUUCAACAGAACUAAGACCAUAGACGACAGGAACGGCGAGCACCAGAAUCAGCUAAUUCUUGGCGUAAUGGCCAUUGAUGUGUCCCUGGAUGACAUUAAGAAGCUCACACCACGCUUCACAAUUGGUCCAAAUGGAUACUACUUUGCCAUUGAUCCCAACGGAUACGUCCUGCUGCACCCAAAUCUCCAGCCAAAGAAUCCUAAAUUCCAGGAACCUGUAACCCUCGACUUCCUGGAUGCUGAGCUGGAGAAUGACAUCAAAGUGGAGAUCAGGAGAAUGAUGAUCGACGGUGAGACAGGCGAACACACCAUUCACACUCUGGUGAAAACUCAAGAUGAGAGGUACAUAGAUAGAGGAGUCAGGACCUACACAUGGGCACCGGUGAAUGGAACAGAUUACAGCCUGGCUCUCGUUCUGCCUAAAUACAGUGAACACUUCAUUCAAGCUAAACUGGGAGAUGACAUGAAACAAGCUAUGUCUAUGGAGACCAUACAGCUGGACAGGUUUGAUGAGUAUGGUUAUACCUACAUCGCUCCAAGGGAGUACUGCAAAGAGCUGAAGCUGUCGCUCAACAACACCCAGUUCCUCCUCGACUUCAACCAGUACAUUGAUAGGAACACUCCAGACGCAUGUAACGUGUCCCUUGUGAGCCGGCUGAUCCUGGAUGCGGGUCUGACAGCGGAACUGGUUAAACUUUGGAAUGAGCAGACAGUGGAUGGGAUAGUGGCCAGGUUUGUAGCCACAGAUGGAGGAAUCACAAGAGUCUACCCAAGAAGCGCUGGGGAAGAGUGGACUGAAAAUCCAGAGACAUAUGAGUCCAGCUUCUACAAGAGGACCCUGGACAAUGAAAUUUAUAUUUUCACAGCUCCGUCUUUCAACACGGAGAGCAGGGAGCCUGUUUCUGAGUCAGGUAUUCUAGUGAGCAAAGCAGUGGACCUCACCAUUGACAAAGUCACACUCAAACCAGCAGUGGUGGGAGUGAGACUCAAUGUCUCAUACUGGAUGAACACUUUCAUGAAUGCUACUCUGAAACUGAAUUGCAAGGACGAGAUCUGUGGCUGUCUAAGGAAUGACAAGCAUGUGGACUGUGUGAUCCUGGACGAUGGAGGAUUUCUUCUCAUGUCCAAUCAGGAUGAAUAUAUCACCCUGAUUGGCCAGUUCUUUGGCGAGGUGGAUCCAGUGCUAAUGAUCAACCUGGUCAACACCUCCCUGUACUCCUAUAACAAGACCUAUGACUACCAGUCUGUCUGCGACCCAGAGAAAGACAGCAAGGCUGCAGCAGGACCCCGCUCCGUCUUUGUGCCUACCAUUGCAGACUUGCUCAGUAUUGGCUGGUGGGCCUCCAGUGCUGCCUGGUCAAUACUUCAGCAGCUCUUCUUUGGUCUCAUGUUCCCAAAUCUUCUAGAGGCAGCGGAGUCAGCAGACGAAGACAUACCAGAUGCCAUGUUUAAAGAGAGCUGCAUCACAGAGCAGACUCAGUACUUCUUUGACAAUGAUGAAAGAUCCUACUCAGGUGUCCUGGACUGUGGAAACUGCUCCAGGAUGUAUCGUGCCGAGAAGCUGCCAAACACCAACUUGGUGUUCCUGAUCACUGAUGCCAAGGCAACAUGUUUGUCGUGUGACCCCAGACCGCUGCGACAGGCUGAACAGCCCUCUGAAGGUCCAGAUCCAUGCGAGCUGGCUCAGAACCCCAGAUACCGCAAAGGGCCGGACGUGUGCUUUGACAACAACGAAAACGAAGAUGCUUCUGAUUGUGGAGGAGGGACCUGCCUAAGCCCUUGUCUUUGGCCAAUGCUCGGGCUCCAACUGCUGCUGCUGUGGCUCAUCACAUCUUCACAACACUCAUGACCCCUACACACACACACUUACACACACACUCAUACACUAACUCAAUGAUCAUCAUCUCAUUUCACAAGAGGCCAGAAGACUCUCCAAUUAUGCCAUCCAGGAUGUAUACAGAAUAUCUGCAACAAGACUUUCUUUCCUUCUUUCUUUCCUUCUUUCUUUUUUUUUGAUGGCCACUAUCAGCAUUUCCAUUUUCCAAUGCCAAAGGGUGCUCAUUUAUUUCCUCUUCAUCUUUUUCAAAAAUAGAGACACAUUUACUGUGCUCAGCUGCACUCAUUUCCAUGAUAUACUCCUUAAUACUCUCCUAUGGUGCAAGAGUAAGAGCUAACCAAACCCUUUAAUUCUGCCUCAUUUGUUUCUCUGAUUUAUUCAGCGGAGGGUGAAGAGUUGUCCCACUAUGCCAACUAAAUACCAUUCAAAGACUGUAUGUUCACUGACAGCGUUGAUUUGUGUAGUUGUCAAUAUCGUUUGUUGCUUAUUAUAUUUAUUGCGUAUGAAUCAUUAUGCUGUAAUGAUUGUUUAUUCCGACAACCCGUGCAACUACAGUAUGAAGAAUAUCCCUUUUGUUUGAGUGUUUUUGAAAUGUACUGUACCUAUCUAUGAAUCUACUUCAUUUUUUUUGUACUCCAAGUCAAACAAGCAUUUCGUGACUAGCUAGGUGUUGUAUUGUAGCAGCAUGUGCUCAGUACAGAGCUAAAGACAACACCAGUACUCUGACACCAAAGCUCCACACAGUACCAAGGACCAGAGAUACACACAAACCUACUACAGAGAAUCAGCAGGCUAGUUUAUUUUAAGAGAUUCCUCAGAUGUGGGUGUACAUCAGUAUUCAAGUUACAAUGUCAGCUAGCUAGAUAGAUAUCUUAGAUGAGGUCACCCAUGUGAAUCAAAAUCUAUUAGGGUAUUACAAUUUCACAUGUUUGUUCUUGGUCUGACAGCUUUGGUUGUCUUCAAUUUGAUGCAUCAAAUUCCCAGUGCCUAAAUAGUAGCUCAACAGUCUGUUAUCUGAAUGAAGCAAUGCAUCAGAGUUGUAUCCUUACCAUGUAUGCUUCUAUGCUAAUGCUUGCUGCAAUAUGGCAAAGAGGGUAGCCCUUGAAGUAAUAUGUUGUGAAACGGGCCAAAUCUGCUGCAGUUAUUCUAAUUUACGUGGCCCAGACAACCGUAGAAACAACCAGUGAUUUUGAUUAUGGAAGAGGAAGAUCAUUUUCCUCCAUGCUCAAAACAAACGGAAACCAGACAUGAGCUUGUGUUCCAACACCUCUCUUUAUUAGUCCUGUUUCUGUUCCCUUUCUGGAUCACCAGACUCAGGAGCCAAGAUGACUUGUGAAUGAGAUCAGCAUAUCAAAAUGACUGUUUCUUUGUUUUCCUUCUCCUUGCUGUUCUCCUCCUUAUGCUUGUUUCCUCUUUGUGUUGCUCUAUAAGUGCUGUGAAGCAGACGCUGAAGGCUCAGUGUCGAAACGCUGCAAUGUCAUGGGAUGAGCUUGUUCUGUGUUUGAACGCUGUCUAUGCCCGCUGUCAGCAUCAGGGCCUGCUGGAGAGAACCUUGAGAAUACACUACUACCAGUAGUAAUUUUGCAUAGCCUUACUUUACCAUGAGUCAUAAAGGUCAAACACGAGUGCUUUAGUUUUCUUUCCUUUUUUGCCGUUUUAUCAAUUAUAGUUAAGUUCUCUCCACCUUGCCUACAUGGUGACCUGCUGGUAUUGAGUGUUCAGGUUAUGCCUGUCUAUCAAAGUCGUGUGUUGACUUGUGUUUUACCCCGGGGGUCCCCGUGUCUAUGUGCAGGCAUGUGCGUGUCCCUCCGAUAUCUGAUUGUGCUUUAAUACUGUACAUGAAUUACUCUUUUGUGGAACUUGACUAGCCUGAAUAAAUUUUGUAUACAUUUGUACAAUAAUACUAUUUACUGUAUAAAAGAGAAAAUGAAAGGAAAGAAAAAUGUUUAUAAUAUGGUGUUGAUUAUUGUGCAAAUAUAAUAUAUUCACAAUAAAAGUGUUGUAUUGUUAUGA